UCUCUCUCUGGGAAAUAAACGAUAUUUUGCCGUCGGUUUAAAGUGAGCUGGGAGAUUCUGCAUUAUAUAAAAUGGCAAAGAAGACUCUAAGCAGACUGGAAGUGACGCUGAUCGUACUACUUGUGUUAACCAUGUGUAUAGUUGGCGGACUCAUAGCAGUCGUAUUUAUUGUGCAGGAUAACGGGAAUUCUAGUGUUGCAACAACUCCUGAGCCUACAAACAGCACCCAUAAGACUUCUCAGACGACGUCCACUCCCAUCAAAACUGCAUCGACAACAACCACCACCAAAACAACAACACCUGAUCCAUACCCUGAUGCCUAUCUUGUUGGUGUUGGAAGGGCAGACUGUACUGGUCUACUAGCAGAUGUUCCAUUGAUGGGAUAUGCAAGCAGCGAUCAGCUGGCGGGAGGGAUUCACACUCGACAAUACAGCCGAGCUUUCAUUGUAGCAGAACCUGAUAAUUCCACACGAGUGGUGUUUGUAAGCGCUGACAUAGGGAUGGUUUCACAGCGAGUUAGGCUGGAGGUAAUGAAUAAACUGAAGAGCAAAUAUGGAGAUCUCUACAGACAAGACAAUGUUAUACUAAGCGGCACCCACACACACGCUGGGCCUGCCGGUUAUUUCCAAUACACAAUCUUCAUGUUGUCGAGCAAAGGGUUUCUCAGACCUGCCACCGAUGCCAUUGUCAAUGGGAUUUUUACGAGCAUUGUCAGAGCACACGAAACAAUGAAACGAGGCAGGAUCUUUCUGAAUAAAGGAACGGUGGACGACAGUCAUAUAAAUAGAAGUCCAACUUCAUAUCUCCUCAAUCCAGAGUCUGAGCGGAACAAGUACCCAUCUAACACAGACAAGGACAUGACCAUCCUGAAGAUGACAGAUAUGAAUAACCAGGAAAUUGGAAUGUUCAGCUGGUUUGCGGUUCAUGCGGUUAGCAUGGACAACAAGAACCACCUGGUGAGCAGCGACAACAUGGGUUAUGCUUCAUAUCUUUUUGAACAAGAAAAGAAUAAAGGCUUUUUACCUGGCGAGGGAUCAUUUGUAGCAGCCUUUGCUUCGUCAAACCUUGGGGAUGUAUCACCGAAUACAAAAGGCCCUCAUUGUAUAAACACAGGGGAGUCAUGUGAGAACCCCACCAGUACCUGUGAAAUAGGAGGGACUACGACCUGCAUGGCUACUGGGCCUGGAAAGGAUGUAUUUGAGAGUACAAAAAUAAUUGGAGAGAAAAUCUACCUGAGGGCCAAGGCUCUUUAUGACGCAGCUUUCACGGAAGUCGAAGGAUCUGUGAAUUCGGCCCAUCAGUGGGUUGAUAUGAGUAAUGUUACCGUGCAGCUCAAUGACACUCACACUGCACACACAUGCAAGCCAGCUCUUGGCUACAGCUUUGCUGCUGGAACUGUUGAUGGUGUUGGAAUACUCAGUUUCACACAAGGAACUUUAGAAGGUCAUCCAUUUUGGGAUGGAAUACGUGAUCUGAUUUUCGGAAAGCCAUCAAACGAAACCGUAGAAUGUCAGAAACCCAAACCUAUCUUGCUAAAUACCGGAGAGGUUUCCGUCCCAUUACCAUGGCAUCCAACAAUAAUUGAUGUUCAAAUCCUAACCAUUGGAUCGUUGGCAGUGCUUGCUGUCCCGGGAGAGUUUACAACUAUGUCAGGGCGAAGACUAAGAGAAGCUGUAAAGAAAGAGUUAGAUCCACUUGGCACCCGCAACCCAGACAUUGUUAUCUCCGGACUGUCUAAUGUAUAUACCCACUACAUCACCACCUAUGAAGAGUAUCAGGCUCAGCGAUAUGAAGCAGCAUCUACAAUUUUUGGGCCCCAUACUCUGUCUGCUUAUAUACAGCUGUUCAGAGGUCUGGCUAAAGCCAUUGCAGAGAACACAGUGGACAAAUUACCAACUGGACCACAUCCCCCAUUUUUUAAUGAGAGUCAACUGUUCAACUUACUGCCUGACGUACUUCAAGAUAAAGCUCCUGGAAACACAACCUUUGGAGACGUGCUGGAGGAUGUGAUGCCACUUUACCAUCCGGGAGAAAUUGCCUCUGUAACAUUUGUCACUGGAAACCCAAGAAAUUCUGUUGCUUACAUGGCAAACAAAACAUACCUGGCAGUGGAAAAAUAUGAGAAUCUAAGUGGAACAUGGCAAAUAGUACAUAAUGAUGCCUCAUGGGAGACCAGAUAUUAUUGGCAUAAGGGCACCGGAAACCAGAGCAAUGGGACAGUGGAAUGGCAUAUACCGUCAUCAGUUCAACCCGGCAUCUACAGGAUUCGACACUUUGGACAUUAUAAACAGCUUCUAGUACCCCGUGUCACACCUUACGAGGGCAUUUCUUCUGACUUCCAAGUGACCCUGGGUUGGGAGAAAAAAUAUUAGCACAGUCAAACCAAAACUGAGUUUAAAUGUAGGGACUGGGGAUUUGUAAGUGGCUUGUGGAUUGAUUCACGCAGAUCAGAAUUUAUUUUGAUGUGUUAAAUCCUGUUGAAAAAAAAGGCAGCUUCCUUCAAGGAAAUGAAUGUUUGCUUUUGUAAGAUGUCUAUAUGUGUAUAUAUAUAUAAUUUUAUUUAGAUUGAGUUAGAAAAAGCAUUGUGAUACUAUGUCUGAUGUUAUUUGUAAAUUCUAAUGAACAGACCUUCAAUGUUGGGGGAUAAAGCUUUCUCAGUAGAAGCACCAUCUGAUUUUAUCGAGGUGUUAAAGGGUACAAUGAUCCAGGUUAUUAAGAUGAAGCUUUCUUUAGUAUCCUUGAUUCUACUUUGCAUUUCUUCAAAUAGUGUAAAUGGCUUUAAAA